CUAUCUUGCGAAACAACUGAGAAAGUACGAUCGGCUGCAGCACAACGGGAAGGUCUGGACGGAGAGGAAGUCGGAGAAUGUUAGUGUUAUUUGGGACUUUGCUGUGUCCGAAAGCGAGAUGAAGAGCCUCGGCGCCGCCGGAGUGGAGUUCGUGCCCUGCCGCCCCCGAAGAUACUUUUGGAGUGU